AAUCCUGCAACUGCUUUAUCUUCUCCAUGUAGUCUUGGUCUCCUGGACAUGGAUCUAUGUCCUCAUUAGCAAAAUCCAUCCGUUCUUGUGGAGAUUUUGGAUUCUGAUAGAAUCGGUCAAGAAAAAUUUUUGAGCAUGUGAUUCAUUACACUUGCUACAAAAUCCAAAGUUAAAAACAAAAUGAGGUUCCUACCUAGAUGCAAGGAGUAAGACAAUAGAACAUGUAAAAAGGCCAAAUAUAAGAUUUCAGAUAUACAUCAAACUACCAAAGAGAGCAAGCAAGCUGCUUAUCUGUUAAAGUUAAAAGGAUAAUAUGAUUAUAGAUGCAUAGAUAGACCUGUAAACUUAGUCAGAAAAAGAAAAACAAUGUCCCGCAUAAUAUUGGGAUGAUGAAUUUGUAAACUAAUUAUGUUACAGAAAUUGCUUCUCCUUUGCAAUAUCCCAUUCUUCUCCUUCAAAAACGAUGAGACUAUACUAAUAUCCAAAUCACAUUUGUUAUCACGUUUCGUACAACAACCCAAAAAUACUAAGUCAAUAACUUGUACUGAAACCCAAAAUCUAAUGUAAUUGAGUUGAUAUGAACAACUUGCAGAAACCAUGGAAACUAACAGUGGAUCAAUUAAGCUAUAGCACUAAUUAUAAUCUCAUUGUAUAUUAAAUUCAAGCGAUAAGGCGAAUUGACAAUUGAGAAGGGCGUUGUACUGGUGGUUAAGUAGAAAUUAUUGAGAAAGAGAAUAUGACUAUGCGAACUAGCUAGCUAAUAGGAAAUGAAAGACAAGGAAUUCUACAAAAUGAUGUUCACAGUUUGAUGGAGAAGAAGAAAGAGAAAGUAGGUACUUAUCCAAAGUCAAAGUAGGAGCUUUGAAGUGGAGGGAUUAUUAAAGAUCAAAAUGAGUAAAUUGCAAGACAAAGAAAAAGUUAAAAAAGAAAAAAAUAAAAAAAGACGAAAGCAUACUAGUGGCAGUGGGAUGAGGUGGGUGGGUGGGUAUCGGGGUCAAGCUCUGCGAAUUCAAAUAGAGGCUUGUGAGUUCCCGUCCUGAUCCUGAUCUCUGACACGGUGAUACUGAUACUGAUGGUGUAUAUAUAUAGAAAACAUAUAAGCAUGUACUCAACUACAGUACAUAAAAGAGGAAGUAAAAUAAGAGCAGAGGGGGAGAUAUGAUGUUAUAUGUCCCAGUGACCAGUUUCAGGUAGCUUGGGAGCCUACAAUCGCCUAACUCUCUACUCUCUCGCUUUCUCUCUGUCUGUCACUCACUCACUUUGACACGGCUUGCUUCGGAGUUGGGAUGGUGAGGGAUGCCACAGCAGUUUACUUAUGAGAGCAGGACUCACCUGACCUGACCAAAAGGACAAAAAGCAAAAAAAAAAAAAAAAAAAAGUAAACUUUUUGAAGAGGCCGAUUAUCCAUCAUCAUAUUCGUGUGGAGGAGGAGGGCGUGCGAUUUAUUGGGUGUAUUUAGAAAUAAAUAGAGUGGAAAAGGAGAAAGAUAGAUAGGAUAGGAGGAGGUGGAGUUUGACAUGGUCCGUGGGCAUUUUAGCCACUCAACUGUCUGCCCGCAGCAUUAGAGAAUAGCUACUUGUUAGCAAGUAAGCAGCGAGUAGGGACUAGGGAGAGAAGAAGAAGAAGAAGAAGAAGAAGAAAAAGAAGAAGAACAAGUUUCAAGAUUCAAGUUUCAAGUUUCAAGGCUGCUUAUUUUUAUUUGUUUUUUUAGUGGAGUCCCAGCAGCCGCUCAAAAAUAACAAGAUCGUUUAGUUUCCAUCUCUUUCUACCGCAACUGCCCCAGCCCCAGCCCUCGAUCACCAUGGGACAAGUCUUGGAUAGAUUUCAGGAUGGCAAAGUUGAUAGCUUUGGCCAAAAUUGGCCACAGCUUAAUGAAUGACUUUGGGGUCCUUUUCCUUUCCUAUACUUUUCCUUCCAGGUAAGCAAUGGAGACAGAAGCAAAUAAGGAUCAUAACAGAUAAGGUUUUCGAUCGCUUUGCAAAUCAUUCAGGAAGGGCUAAUUUGGGAUUUGAAGAUUUAUAUAUUGCCGUCCUGCUUGUGUACAAUGAUAUCAAUAAACGUUUGCCUGGCCCGCAUUUUGAUCCGCCCACCAAAGAACAAGUCAGAGCUAUGCUUCAGGACUGUGAUAUCAAUCUUGAUGGAGAAAUUGACCGUGAAGAAUUUGUGAGGUUCAUCGCGCAGCUUACAUCUGACACUAUCAUUGUUGUUAGUCAAGGAUUGAUCAUCACUUUGGUUGUAGCACCAACAGUUGCAAUGGCUACAAAGAGGGCUACUGAAGGAGUCCCUGGUGUUGGGAAGGUCGUCCAAAGGUUGCCCAAUUCAAUUUAUGCAUCCCUUGUCACUCUUGCGGUUGUCUUGUUCCAGAAAUCAUUCCGGGAGCUGGAAUAAAGAUUUUGAAUCCUUACAAAUCAGUUUAACAUAAGUGGCUAUUUCAGUCGCAAAAGAAGGGAGGGGGGGCAGGGAAUUGCAUAAGGAGCUCUUUGCCUUGAUCUCCAUUUCCUGAGAGGAAUCCAAUUAGUAGACUGGAUUUAAGAUAUCAUAGAACUUAGAGCAGAUCCAUAUGACUGGAUGGAAAUGGAAAUCAUUAUGUUGAUGAAAACAAUUACAUGGAUUUAUAUGUUUAUGUGGCAGUUUGUUGUAUUAUUUAUUACUGUAUAUAUUGUUUUGAGCAUGGAUAAAUGAGUGUUCUUUUGGCCAAAAUGACAGUAUGUGGAAUUAAAUAUGAAGAGUAAAUUUGCAAUGUGA